AUGAAGAGACAGAACCAGAGUGUGAUCACUGAAUUCGUCCUUGUAGGCUUCUCCAGUCUGGGAGACCUGCAGAUUCUGCUCUUCAUCAUCUUUCUAUUGGUCUAUCUAUCCAUCUUAAUGGCCAAUGUCACUAUCAUGACUGUCAUUCGCCUAGACCGCACCCUCCAUACCCCAAUGUACUUCUUUCUUUUCAUCCUUUCAUUAUCUGAAACCUGCUACACCUUGGUCAUCAUCCCCAAGAUGCUGACAAACCUGCUCUCUACUGAAAAAACUAUUUCUUUCUCUGGUUGUGCAGCCCAACUCUACUUUUUUAUAGCCUUGGCUUGUACCAAUUGCUUUCUAAUUGCUGUAAUGGGUUAUGACCGCUAUGUUGCCAUCUGCAAUCCUCUCAACUACAUGCUCAUUAUUAGCAGAGCAACGUGUAUCCAGUUGGUGUUGACCUGUGCCUUCUGUGGUUUCAUAAUCUCUGUGGUUGUCAGCAUCCUAGUGUUCAGCCUGCCUUUUUGUGCAUCAAACCGAAUCAACCAUUUCUUCUGUGAUGUCUCUCCUAUCAUGAAGCUUGCCUGUACUGACACAAAGAUGAAAGAGAUGACCUUCUUCUUUCUCAGUAUUUUGGUAUUAUUGGUCCCCUUUGUGCUGAUAUUCAUCUCCUAUGUUUUCAUUGUCUCUACCAUCCUCAAGAUCUCAUCAGCUGAGGGGCAACGAAAGGCAUUUGCCACCUGCAUCUCCCACCUCACUGUGGUCAUUGUCCAUUAUGGCUGUGCUUCUUUCAUAUACCUACGCCCUACAUCCCUCUAUUCCUCAGACAAGGAUCGACUGGUGGCAGUGACCUACACUGUGAUAACCCCAAUGCUCAACCCCCUUGUCUAUACUCUGAGGAAUAAAGAAGUAAAAACAGCCUUAACUAAGGUCUUAAGCAGAUACUCAUUUCCCAAAAGCAUAUAA